UUGCCAAAUUUGGAGUGUUUGUCCGCGUAGACGUCGCAGUAACACACUAAUACAGUCACAGUGCGUAGGAUCUCCAGCAUCCGCCUGGCGAGUCGCACCUAUCUAGGCCAAUUUCGUGGUGUGAUUUUCGUCCUCGUGUCCAGUGGUUUCGUUGAUAUACGCGAUGGAAGAUAUAUUCCAGUGGUGCCGAGAAGGCGUCGCCAUGCAAGUGCGGGUCUGGCUCGACGACACCGAACACGACAUGAACCACGGGGACGAUCAUGGAUUUAGUCCAUUGCACUGGGCCGCUAAAGAGGGGCAUCUGAAGAUCGUCGAGAUGCUUGUGCAGAGAGGUGCCCGCAUAAACUCUACGAAUCGAGGCGAUGACACGCCUCUGCACUUGGCUGCAGCGCACGGUCACCAUGAAAUCGUUCACCUGUUGUUGAAAAACCGUGCUGACAUUAAUUUCACUAAUGAACACGGUAACACUCCGUUACACUAUGCUUGCUUCUGGGGCUAUGAAGCAAUCGCUGAAGAACUUAUUGAAAACGGUGCUUUGGCUGCCUUGGCCAACAAAGAUGGAGACACUCCACUAGACAAGGGAAGAGGACCAAUUCUAAAACAUUUAAAAGAUUUGGCUUUGCAAUCCGGACAAGAUCUUACUAAAAUCAAUUUCAAAGAUCAAAGCUGGUUGGGUUUAAAAACGAGAAGCCGAGAUGCUACAUUAUCACGGCAUAAAGGAAUAAACUUGAGUGAUCUUUACUUGCACACAAAAAUGGCUACAUCACCCAGUGGAGAAACAUGGCGUGGUCAUUGGCAGAAAAAUGACAUCGUCGCAAAAGUAUUGGCUGUACGACAGUGUACUCCUCGAAUAUCAAGAGAUUUCAAUGAAGAAUUCCCAAAACUUAGAAUAUUUUCGCACCCUAAUGUGCUGCCAGUGAUAGGAUGUUGCAACUCCCCUCCUAACUUGGUGGUUAUUAGUCAGUAUAUGCCUUGGGGAUCGCUUUAUACUUUAUUACACGAAGGAGCCAGAGUUACAGUGGACACAGCCUUAGCACUUAGACUUGCAGUGGAUGUUUCUAGGGCCAUGGCAUUUUUGCAUAGUCUGGAAAGGAUCAUACCACAAUUUCAUCUGAAUAGUCAUCAUAUCAUGAUCGAUGAGGAUCUUACAGCUCGGAUAAAUAUGGCAGAUGCUAAAUUCUCAUUCCAAGAAAAGGCAAGAGUAUAUUACCCUGGAUGGAUGUCUCCUGAGGCUUUACAAAAAAAGCGAAUUGAUACUAAUUCAGAAGCGUGUGACAUGUGGAGUUUUGCUGUUCUUUUAUGGGAAUUAGCUACUAGGGAAGUUCCAUUUUCUCAUUUGUCACCAAUGGAAAUAGGGAUGAAGGUGGCUUUGGAUGGUUUAAGAGUGUCUAUUCCAUCUGAUAUUUCACCUCACCUCACCAAACUGAUUAAAAUAUGUAUGAACGAGGAUCCGGGCAAAAGGCCAACUUUUGACAUGGUGCUUCCAAUUUUGGAUAAAAUGAAAAGAUAAUAAUAAAAAGUAACAACAUUCUUUAGUGCUAUAGUGGAAGAUGAAAUCUUAACAGAUAGGUCACUAAUUUUUACACAAAGGAAAAUUUCAAAGCCGAUCAAUAACUGUAUCAAAUGGUUAAAAAUUUAAUAUUUAUAUAAUAUACAUGUUUUUAAUUUUGUUAGAAUGUUCAUAGUUUUAUUUUUACUAUAAAAUACUUUUUAUAUACAAAAAACAGUUGAAAUCAAGUAUUAAUAUUUUAUUAAAAAUAAUGUAGGUAUUUCAACAUUAAAAUUUUACAGUUCAAUUAAUAUUUUUGGACUACUAUAAUAUUCCAGCGUGAGCUUACUGUAUUGUGCAGAUUAAUAAAGACUUAAAAGUUGAUUAUGUAUUAACAUUAGGUAUUAACUAAUUAGUAUUUAUUAAUUUAUCAUUAAAUAUAUUAUAUUGUUUUAAUAAAUAUCUAGUUACAACACUGUAUUACUGUUUUAGAGUUGAGUGGGUGUAUUUUUUUUUUAACUGAUUACUGGUAUAAUUUAAUUAAAUUUCAUAAUGCGACUAAACCAUAAUUUUGUAAAUGGUCUGGCACAUAAUGUUCUUUUAAUUUAAUAUACAUUAUAUACACCCUCUGGGCUUUUUAAGUUUGUGUUAUAAACAAAAUCUGUUAUAGUUGUCUAUUAUAGCCACAGUAAUAUCAAAAC